AUGUAGCCAAAUAACCAAAAUCAACAGCUAGCCUAUUAGUAGACAAAGAAUGCUAACAAGAUAGGGUACACAUGUGUAGAAAUAGAUGGCGCAUUGAUAUUUCCCAGCUAUAUAGACAUCACCAAGUAUAUGAUCAAUGGUGGUUUAGAUUAUUCUUAAUGCUAAUUUGAGUGUAGACUAAUAAAAUAAAAAAGGGUACUCUAAAAUAAGAUUAAGUACGCGUACAUGCUCAAUGAGUUUUUCCUCGUUUGCAAUGAGCCUUAUAAAAAGAUCCCUGAUAAAGUAAUUGAAUUAAAACCUAACAAUAGAAUAGUUUGGGACUACAAUAGGACUAAAACACCAUAUCGCCUUACUGGUUUCCAUCUUUUGGAUGGCAAGGACGUCUACGAAUAUUAAGCUGAAGAAAUAGUUUUGCUUAAGUUGAAGGAAAUUUUCAGUUAGAGGUUAUUCCAAGCCAGAUUCCAAGAUGAAUACGAGGUCCUUGCUUAAGUAGGAAAAGGAAACUACGCGAGAGUUUAUUCAAUUCGCCAUAGAGUAACUGGUUAAAAGUAUGCAGUCAAAUGCUUUGAGAAAUAAAAACUUAUUGGACUUGAAAAGGGUGCACUCUCACUUCACAAUGAAUUAAAAAUAAUGCGCAAUUUGAGAGACCACCCAAAUGUUAUAAAGCUGUAUGAAGUUUUUGAAGGUGAACACACAUUCUAUUUUGUAAUGGAAAUCGUGGAAGGAACAUCUCUUUAUGAAGAAAUUAAGAAACAUGCAUAGAAUCCUUAUAAAGACGAAGAAGUUAGAGACAUUAUGAGUAUGCUUAUAGAUGGUAUUGCUUAUUGUGCUUCCAAAAAUAUUAUGCAUAGAGAUAUUAAGCCAGAAAACCUUCUCUUUGGUAAAGUCGGAAAUUAAAAGAUUUUAAAAAUUGUAGAUUUCGGUCUUGGUACUUAUGCUGAUGAAAACCCUUAUAUAUUCCCUAAAUGUGGUACCCCUGGUUUUGUUGCUCCUGAAAUAGCCAAUCUAGUAGAUAAAGCUCAACCUUAUUCAACUGUCUGUGAUAUGUUCUCAGUUGGUGUUAUUUUCCAUAUUUUAUUAACUGGUGAAGCUGUAUUCCCUGGUAAAAAAUUCAAUGAAGUAUUGAAAAAAAACAAACUCUGCGAAAUCGACCUUGAAAAGAAGGAAUAUGAAAAUCUUUCAGACCCAGCAAAAGAUUUACUUAGACGUAUGCUUGAAAAGGAUCCUUAGAAGCGUAUUACAGCUGCUGAAGCACUCUAGCAUCAUUAUUUCACAUAACAAAAGUUAAAGAAAGCUCCUUCAACAGACGAUCUUUUUGGAAUGAACAAAGAAGAUCUUCCAGCUAUCAGAGAAAAGCAAACAUCUAUGUUUACCAAGCCUCUAAGAAUUCCUUAUCUCUCUAAAGACACUGCCUCAGGAUCUACUGAUGAUAAUCUAAACUCAUUCGUCACAAGAGAUCCUAUGUUUGCUGGUUAAAAUUAGGUUCGCCAAAGAGCAGAUUCAAAUAAGAUGUACUAUACUAUAGGUUCUCUAGAUAGAUAAGGUGUUGAACCCAACUAAGUUUCUGGUUAAAAAGAUUCAGAUAAAUCUAAAUUCCAUGCCAACACCUUAUAAAAAUAAGUAAGCGAAUUCACACCAGGUGGUAGAAGACAUAAAGAAAGUAUUGUUGAAGAGCAUGAGGAAGAAGAGCAUGUAUUUCAAGAAAAUGAAAAAAUGGAAGAGGAACACUGA